AUGGUUUUGCACGAAAUGGUUGAAUACAAUACUUCUUCGUCCACCACAUCAUCGUCACUUCAAGCUUGUUCCUCAACACCAUCCAAGAAAUCAUUCAACACAACAACUGCAGCUACAACCGUCAUGAACAAGAAGGUUUCUAUUGCAGCUGCUGUUAAUUCUUCAUCAAGCAUCUGCGGUACUCAACAACAACAAAUAGCAGCAGCAACAUUAAAGGGCGAGAAGAGUGUCAUGGUUGUGACUAAUGCAUUGGGAGGCACAAAGCAGCAAUUACCGUUAUUGAAUGGUCCGACUGCAAAUGUACCCGUGAUUGAGCAUGUUGCUGCAGCAACGACUCCAAAGAAGGGUUUGUUGAAGAGAAUUUCCCAUCAGUUGUCUCACUCUUCGUCCAUGAUUGUGGACAGUGUGUUGAGCAUUCGAAGUCACUCGUCAACUUCUCAGCAAGCAGAUGAGGAUUUGGGUGUAUUCUUUUCCAAACACCAUAUCCAUGCUCCACAAUCACACUUAAAUAAGGAAUCGAAAUCAAUGGAUGAUGUGUUAAUAUUGGCCACAAAAGAGAAGAAGCUCAAAGUUGAUCCUGAAAACAGCAGUAGUAGUGGUAGCGGCGUUGUUUCUGUGAUUGCAAAUGAUACUGUAUCAAGCGCGCAGUUCAAUGGAAGUGUUCCAAUCUUGACUCCUGCAGUGGCGAGUGGAGGAAAACCAUCCUCAAUGGUUGCAACCGAAUCGAUUCAAUCCAAUGAAACCGUUGUGGAUAACUCUCACAUUGAAUCUCCUUGUACAACGCUAAAGCUAUCGCACUCACUACAACAGUUGCAAACACCAAAAUCUCACCGUUCAACUACGCACAAGUUUUUUUCACAUGAACCAAAAAAAGGAAAUCACCACAUGCAUUCACAUCUCCUGAAAAGGAGAAAUACAAUGGUGGUAUCGGACGGUAGAUCAGCCGCUGAACCUCUUUUUCAUUAUUCGAGAAGGUUGAGUGUUGAUCAUGCAACCAUGGACAAUGUUUGGGGAAGAAUCAUGUACAACUCUGAGAGAGAAAUGAUUUUUCUAAAUUUUGAGAAUUUAAAGAUUGAAUCUGUUAAACAUUUGCAAAAUAUUGCGACAUGUAUUUCAACACUAUUAGGAGAGACAGAGGAAAAGGUUGAGCAUCAUCAUCAUCAUCAUAUUCAUCCUCUUCGAGUAUUCUCUCGAAAAUCUAAAGAGGCUCAUGUUGAAAAGCACAAAGUGAAAUGUUUUUUGAAUGAUGACGAUUUAGAUUGCCCUCCACAAUUACUGGAAAUGUAUACUCAAAUUGUUCAUCUUAAUCCAAUGUUUGAGUCUGUGACCAAGUACACCAAUAAGAGCGUCUUGCAAGAGCAUCAGAAACGAAUUCAACAAUCUCUAGUGGAGUGCGAAAUUUAUUUGAAAACUCAUCCAUGUAUUUUAGAUCGAUUUGUGGCCAACCCUGACGAACAUAUUGGAAAGGGAACGUAUGGCACAGUGUCAGUGGCACUAGAUUUGAGCCUUGGGCGAAAAGUUGCAGUGAAACGUUUAUGUCGAAAAACAAUGAAACUAAUUGGCAUUGAAGAUCAUGUGCGAAAUGAAAUGGCAAUUCUCAAGUUAAUUAAGGAAAAUCCUCAUCCCAAUAUUGUUCAAGUUCUUGACGUCUAUGAAGGAGAAGAAGAAUUCUUAUUUGUCAUGGAAUACUUAUCAGGUGGCUGCUUGGACAAUCCACUGGUGGAAAAUGAGCAGCAUUCAGAACGUCAAGUUCAAAUAUAUUUUGCUCAAUUAGUGAACGCAUUGGAUCACCUUCACAACAAGCUAGGAGUUAUUCAUCGUGAUAUUCAACCAUCCAAUUGUUGCUUGGAAGGAGGUAGCAGCACGAGUCCUACGCAUGAUACUUUGGAAAUUUCAAAGUGUGUGAAAUUGGUCGAUUUCGGAAUGAGUUGUUUCUUCAAGAGUGACAAUGUUUCACAAAAGACACAAACUUUAUUUUGUGGUAGCAGUCACUAUGCUUCUCCAGAGAUGAUUCUCAAGAAACCCUAUGGACCUGAAAUGGAUGUCUAUGCACUGGGAGUUUUAGCUUACAAACUACUAACUGGAUACAUGCCAUUUCGAGGAGCUCAACAAAAACUCUUAAUGCAAUUUACAAUAUCAUUGGAUGACCCUGAUGAAGAUGAUGAAAACUCUUCAGAUUGUUACAUGUGUGACGACGACGAGAGAGUGAAAUUGUCUCCUGCCUGUCGAGAUUUGAUAAAGAAAAUGUUAGAAGUGAAUGCCGAGACAAGAUAUGGAUUGGAACAAGUCAAGCAGCAUGAAUGGUAUCUUCAAGGAAAUGAAAUUGUCAAACAAAUGUAUGCUGCCAUGCAGCAACAAGCACAACACCAUGAGGACCAUUUGGACGAUCAUGAACAUGUUGCUGAGGAUAUGACGACUCAUCAUGUGGAUGACAUGACAGACAUCAUUUCAUAA